AUGUACACUUCAAGAGAUGUUAUAUUUGAUGAGAAUUGCUUUCCUUUUACAACCCAAUCCACUACACAACCCAAACCAUCUACCUUAACCAUUUUGCCUUCACUUCCCUUACAAACCAAUAUUUCUAGCCCAAACACGGUACCUAGCCCAUCUUCAUCACAAAGCCCAAAUGCUCACACCAUACGUAACCCAAGUCAAAGCCCAAAUGAAUACACCACACCUAACCCAAGUCAAAGCACUCUACCUAACCCUAUUCCUUCUUCUUUCACUUUGGCGUCACCUUCUCCCUCCUCUAAGCCGUCACCUACUUCGUCCUCUUCCCCACCAAAUUCUGCAAUGUCAAAUUCUGCACCGUUCUCACCAUCACCUCAACCCCCUCAACCUACCCAUCACAUGAUUACUAAAUCUAAAGCCAAUAUCUUCAAACCCAAAGCUCUCUCUCCAGAUUUUGUUUCCACCGUACACCCAAAAACAUCUCACUAUGCCUCGGGUCCCAUGCCUACUGUUCCUACUUCAGUUGCUCAGGCCCUCAAGUCUCCGUCAUAG